GAGAGCCGCGGCGAGAUGGAGACGUGGGCGGGCGCGCUGCGAGGCGCCCUGCACCGCGGCGCUGAUGUAGCCGACCUCGUCGCCAGCCUGUCCUCUGGAGACCAUCACUGGUACGCGGCAACACACGCUCGGCCGACGUUCUGCAACGUAUGUAGGGAGCCUCUCGGCGCGUUAGGGACCGCACACGCGCUGGCCUGCGAACUGUGCAAGUACAAAGCUCACAAGCGCUGCGCAGCGCGGGCGCCGCCAUCUUGCAAAUGGAGCACGCUCGCCUCACUCGGACCUCACCUCGUCGAAGACACAGACAGCAAUAUAAUAAUGCCGCACCAGUGGUUGGAGGGCAACUUGCCAGUGGCUGCCAAAUGCGACGUCUGCGACAAGACCUGUGGUUCGGUGCUCAGGUUACAAGACUUCCGCUGUAUUUGGUGUCGCAAAUGCGUCCACGCAAGCUGUCGGCCAAACUGGCGCGCCGCCUGCUCUCUUGGUCCCGCGCGGGCAUCCGUCGUCCCUCCCACGAGGUUACACUCCGUUGGACCAGACGACGGAUGGCUUCCAGAUAGACCGCCUAACGCUUCACCGCUCAUCGUCUUUGUCAAUUCUCGAUCUGGCGACAACCAGGGCGUUAAAUUCCUUCGUCGCUUCAAACAGCUUUUAAAUCCUGCCCAAGUGUUUGAACUGAGCGGGGCCGGGCCUCGCCUCGGCCUGCGAUUGUUUAGACACUUCGCGCCUCUGAGGGUACUUGUCUGUAGCGGCGACGGCUCGGUCGGUUGGGUUCUUCAGGAAGUGGACAAAUUGGAUAUGCAUCGGCAGGUACAAACAGCAGUGCUGCCGCUGGGUACUGGUAACGAUCUCGCGCGGGUGCUCGGCUGGGGCGCGUCUUGUGACGACGCCGCUAACCUGCAGCAGUUGCUGGAAAGAUACGAGCGAGCUUCGACCAAGAUGCUUGAUCGAUGGUCCAUAAUGACGUUCGAGCGCGCCCUCACAGCGCCGCCGCCGCCGCCCGCUCCGCCCGACUUGCUGGAAGAGAGCGUGCUUCUUCGGAACCUGCAGGAAAUAGUACAGGCGGGCGAGGGCGGGCAGGGCGAGAGCAGUGCGGCGCGCGCGGCGCUGCGGGCGGGCUGCACGCGGCUGGCGGCGGCGGGCGAGCGCGCGGGGGGCGGGGCCGCGCGCGCCGCGCACCGCCUGCGCCGCGCGCUGUCGCUGCUGCUGCACGCGAGGGCGCACCUCGCCCACGACCACGCGCGCUGCGAAAAUUGGGAGCCGAUAGACACAAGCGAUAGCGAACCUGAAGCGCAACCAGCUGCGGAAAAGGGCAGCAUCGAAAAGACUGAAAAGGAGCAGCUGAACGCGGCGGCGCGCGGCUGCUCGCUCGCCGGCCGCGCAGACAGCGUGCGCCGCGCGCUGCGCUCGCUCGUGCGCACGCUGCUGGCGCUCCGCCCGCAGGUCAGUGACCUCCUGUACCCUCACUCACUCGCUCGCCGGCCGCGCCGACAGCGUGCGCCGCGCGCUGCGCUCGCUCGUGCGCACGCUGCUGGCGCUCCGCCCGCAGUAGAGAGCGGCGCGCUGCCGGUCCCGCGCGCGUUCGCUGACAGCCGCCGCUCGUCCGCCGCCUCCGCUGUAUCCGCAGCUUCCAUGCAGCCUGAGAACAUUCCAGAUGUAGAUGAAGACAUAGCUAAGUUAAUAAGUUCAAACCCACCAGUAAGUUCAGAUCAUUUAGAAGUCGAUAAGCGUGACCGUAGUAAAGCAAGCUCCAUUUCGCUUCAAGACCGUCUCUCGCCUUCUCUCCUCUCAUCCUGUGAUAAUAGUUCAUGCAAAAAUCUCUUAAGGCCAGAUCUAGAACGGACCAGUGGCAUGUAUAAUAGCAGUAGCCUUACCAUACCUAAUUUAGUUAUCUCAGACGAUAGUGAUAAGAGAGAUUCGUUAAUACAGGGAGAAACUUAUGAAUCGGACCAAUUGACUAUAAUAGAUAUCGACAAGCCAUACACGGAUGAUGUUCACUUUCAAGACGUGUGUGCCAGAGAAGAAGCAACGAGCAGAAAUUGCACGCCUGAGAGAAAACUUUCUAGUUUAGAAUUGGAAAUAGAUACGACCAGUUCGGAAGGGUCCAACAUUAGUGAAGAUUUUAGUUUAAUUUCAGAGAUUAUGGAUACGAAACCGGGAGACAUUGAGGAAGGAUGCGGAAUUGGUCAUAUUGACUCUCCGGAGGUAUCCGAUACUACUUACAUGAAUUCCGAAACUUUACAUGGUGAGUCUAUUAUGGAUGAUAUAAGCUCGAUGCUCGGGCAAGAAGUUCUUUUAGCGAUGAUGGGGAAGAAUGGGGAAAACGAAACUUACACUGACGAUACUACUUUGUUCACAUCAGAUACGGUUUCUGAUAUACCAAUGGAUAGUCGACAUCCUAGUUUAGAGAAGAAAAACGAAGGAAAAAAUCAAUACAUAUCGAAAACGAAAAAACCGGUUGAAGCUGACGUUGAAAAGUUUGGUUAUGAAAAUAGAGUUUUUUAUAUAGAGAACGCUGCUAAAAAUGAGGAACAAAUAAAGUACUGUAGUUUAGCGCAAUUCGAAGAAGGAAGUGACAUAGCAAGAAAGUCUUUUCGAAAACACAUGAGAAAGAGUAUAAAGAAAAGAGUAUCAGAUGAUUCGAGUGUCAAACAUCUGCUGCCUAAAACAACCGAAGAAUUCACGAGAAGUGUUGAAAUUCCUAACAUACAAAGCCCUCCACAAAUUCGAGUCUCACCAAAAACAAUUGAAAAUAAACCGAAUGUCGAGGAUCAAAUGCAUUCAUUUCCACAAGUAAGCGUUGUUGUAGAGCCCCCUUCACCGUCACAUAGUGAAGAUAGAAGUAUGAAAACCUGCCAAAGUCGUAUGGCGUCAGUCUUGAGUGACAUAUUUGAUCAAGGAACAGAUACACUCAGUGUUUAUUCGCCAGAACCGAAUCUCAGAGAGAGGGAGAGACGUCAGUCUGAUAAUCCAAAGCUGUUAGGAUCCGAUCCAGAGUACGGUCAAUUUUUAAGUUGUUCUCCUGCUGCAACGAGAAGAAUAUCAUGUGGAAGUUUAUUUAAACCCGGCGAACCAGAUAACAGGUUAUCGACAUCAGUAUCGUCAAUUUGGGGAGAAGGUACCGUUGGUGGUAGCAGUACUAACAAAUCAGAAAGUAGUGACAAAGCUAAGAAGCUACCCAUCAUUAACCCAUUGGUUCAGCUACCUGCAUGGCCGCAUGUUACACAAGGCUUUAUAAGUCAGUGUCUCUUAGCUAAUGCAGACGCCCUAUGCGCUGCAGUUAGCCCACUGAUGGACCCAGACGAUACUCUUCUAGAAGGCUUUUACGAAAGAGCUGUGAUGAAUAAUUACUUCGGUAUAGGUAUCGAUGCUAAAAUUACUUUGGACUUUCACAAUAAGAGAGAGGAACACCCAGAGAAAUGCAGAUCGAGAGCUAGGAACUACAUGUGGUAUGGUGUCCUUGGGUCUAAGGAAUGGGUCAAUAAAACGUACAGACACCUCGGCCAACGCGUGCAACUUGAAUGCGAUGGACAAAGGAUACCUUUACCAGAACUUCAGGGUAUCGUCGUACUUAACAUACCUUCCUUUAUGGGCGGAACCAAUUUUUGGGGGGGAACGAGAGGGGAUGAUAUCUUUCUUGCGCCGUCGUUCGAUGAUCGGAUACUCGAGGUGGUGGCCGUGUUCGGCUCGGCGCAGAUGGCGGCGUCGCGCCUCAUCAACCUGCAGAAGCACCGCAUCGCGCAGUGCCGCGCCGUGCAGAUCAACAUCCUGGGCGACGAGGGCGUGCCCGUGCAGGUGGACGGCGAGGCGUGGCUGCAGCCGCCCGGCUGCGUGCGCAUCAUCCACAAGAACCGCGCCCAGGUGCUGUGCCGCUCGCGCGCGCUGGAGACCAGCCUCAGGGCCUGGGAUGAAAAACAACAACAAAAGGCGCAUGCCGUGGCUCCAACUCAAGCUUUAUCGCCCCCAGAAGCGGCUUAUUUACUUGUCUUACUCGAUGACGUGAAUACUAUUGUGAAACACGUGAAGCUGGCGUGCAUCAGCGAGAGCGCGGGCGGGCGCGCGGGCGGCGCGCUGGCGCUGGCGCGGCGCGCGGCGGCGCGGGCGGACGCGCUGCAGGACGCGGACGGCCGCCUGCUGCCCGCGCCGCAGCUGCGCCGCCUGCUGGCCGCGCUGGUGGAGAGCUGCCACGAGCUGCUGGAGAGCGGCGCAGAGCUGGGCGGCGCGGCGGCCGGCCUGCGCGCGCACCUGGCGCGCUGCUCGCUGCGGGACGGGCUCGCCUACAUACAGCCCCACGAGAUUCCAAAGAAAGCUGGCAGCAGAUGGUUGAGAAGUCGCCGAAGUAUUUCUGAAGGCGCGGCGACGUCUUCUCAAACCGCAGCACAAGUCAGGUCUUGGGGAGUGAAGGAAAUACAGAAUUGGCUCGAAACCAUCGAGCUCGGUGAGUAUUCUGAUGCGUUCGCCAAGCACGAUAUCACGGGACGAGAGCUACUCUCUCUGGCACGACGGGACCUUCGCGACCUUGGAGUCACCAAGGUCGGCCACGUUAAGAGAAUCCUGCAGGCUGUCAAGGAGCUCCAGUGACGUAGACGUGGCCGUUCUGAAGGGAAUGGCCAUCUAUAGAAACAUGUAAAGUUAUUCUUUCGAAUCUAAUUACAACUCUAGACCAAAGAAAUAUGCCUUUUAUAUGUUUCGAAAGAAUAACUAGAGAUUCUUAAUUCAUUCCUAUUGUUACUUACUAUGUAUCUCACUCAGUGAAAAUGAAGUUUCGUUAAUCUACCUUGCGAUUUCAUACAAAUGUAUCUUCGAAAUUACUGCAUUCACAGCAGACGGUUUCGACAAAUUUCCGAGCAAUAAUGUAUGUAUUCAUAGAAAGAUUAUUAUUAAAAGUAAAACUUUAUAGAUGCUCUCUAAAUAUUUAAAUAUUAAAAAAAAUAGCAAAAAAAAAUCAUCCAAAAAAUUGUCUAUAAGUAAGUACUAUUAUCAACUAAAUUUAAUGGUAAUUGUCGAAAUUGUCGACUUUUAUGAUACUCGAUCCGAAUUAUAUUUCUUUAAAGUAAGAAAAAAAUUUUUAGUCUUCUAUUCAAAUUACUUCUCAUAUAUGGUGAAUUUUAUUAAAUAAAAAAAUAACAUCGAA